UCGUCUCCGCCAGAUCAUCAGAGGCUGCUCUACUACACCGUGAGACAAAAAAGGAUGGUGCCUUCCACAGUUCAUUAUGUACUGACAAAACAGCACAGAGAGGUCGUCUAAUGACUAUUUAUUUGAUCGUCGCAGAUAUAGCAUUAAAUGCAAGUACUGGGCCAAGCUGUGUGGGAUCUAACGCCAGGCGUUCUCGAGAGCUGUUUGUUGCCCCGUGAGGAUUUGACGUCUGUGUUCUGCUGGAUAUUUAGGAGAAAUCAAGAGAAAGAGGUUGCGGUCAUUGUCCUGCAAAAUGGACUGCUUAACCGAACUGGAGAAGUAUAAGAAGUGUGACAUUGUGUCGGAGAGCAUACUACUCUGAGUUGGUUUGCCCCAGUAUUGCAGAUUCCUGCAAGCUGCUCUGCAUCACAUCUGUUUCAAAAUGGAUGCUCUGUUGAAUCCCGAGCUCAGAGAAGAUGUAAAAGAUUGUUCGAUCAAGGUUGAAAACUUCCCUAAGCAAGUCAUAUUUAAAGGCCUUGCACCUAGGGUCGUAUUGACAAACCAUCUUCUGAUGAAAGGAAACAAGGCUAAAGUAAACCUAGAGGAACAGGGUCGACAGAAGGUCUCCUUCAGCUUAACACAGACAAAGAAACCACGUCAAAAUGUGUUUCUACCACCACCAAGCCCUGAGAAAUCUGCAAGUGAACAUUCUUCUGCAUCACAAGCUGGACCUGUUUCCGUUCAAGCAGGACAAACCUAUGAAACCAAGAAUGUUGACACAAAUACUCCAGCAGUUGGGGAGACCCAAACUGCUCCUACAGUAUCCUUUUCUCUCAGAUCAAGGCAUGUUCUUGGAAAGAUGCAUUUUAAGAAACAGAUUCUCAGCAAUACAGUUGUUGGGGAUAAACCCACGGUCAGCACUGCCUCAGAAGAGAUUUCAGAGCCAAUAGUCCCAUCUGACAAAAUUAGAUCUUCCGCAAAGGUUGAAACUGAAAACUCCUUGCAGCAGUCCCACAAGAAUUCUGUUGUUGAUAGUUCCUCUGAAAAGGUUAUCAAAGAGGAAAAUCCUCAGGAGAAAAUAGACUCAUGCCUUAAAGGUCCUGAUUCUUCCCAUAUUGGGAAGGGAGAUACAGAUUCUUCCAUUAUUUCUGAGCAUGAGGAGAACAGAAAAUCACAACAGCAUUCAGACAGCACGCUUACAGGUUUGGAAACUGAUGGGCAAUCAACCAGAACAUCAUCUAGCCAGAAAUCUAAUGACCGCAGAAGCAAAACAAAAUCUGAAAGCCAUAGCAAUGAAGUAAAAAGAUCCUCCAAUUCCAAAACAGAGGAGUUAGAAAAAUCAAGGACUGAUAGGAGGGAUGAAGAAAAGGGGACAAGACAUUCAAAGUCUGAUCGUGACUCCAGGCACAUGUCUUCAAGAUCUUCUCGAUCUGACAGAGACAGAAGAAGGACCAAAAGUCGGUCACGAUCUAGAUCUCGAGGCUCUCGAACUAGUUCUUAUUCCAGAUCUGAAAGAUCAAGAAGUGAGAGACAGUCAAGGUCAGAUAGGUCACAUUACCAUGAAUCUGAGCGGAGGUUCCAUAGAAGUUCUCCUCUUCGGGAAAGGAGAAGCUCACGUUCUCGAACUGAUGGCAGGUCUCGUGACAGCUCUGACUCGGAGGAUGACCACCGCCGAACAAGGACUCGGGGUAGUGACUCAAGCCGAUCCUCAACUUACUCUAGCUCACAAAAAGACUCAAAAUCGUCCACUCACUCUAGAUCCCACAGGGACUCAAAACCUACAGAUUGUUCUCGGUCCUCUGAGUCAGAUAAAAGAGCACAACAUUCAAAAUCAGAAUCCAGUAGAAACUCUGAAUCCAAUAGAAGGAGCUCUUCUGAAAUAGAUGCAGUUCACAGGAAAUCCAAUGCCCACUCAAAAUUGGAAGUUAAUGAUAAAACCUCAAAUGCUAACCCAACUACCUCAUCCCGAACAUCUGAGAAAAAGAUCCAUAAAACCAGCUCUGACUCUGAUGAGGAGCACAGAAAAAAACGACAGUCACAAGGAUCAGACAGGUCACCUAGGUCUGGGAUUUCAUCUUCCAAAAAAAAUGAUUCAAUGGAUAACAAGAGUUUAAAUACUGCUACUGGAAUAGAAAGACAAUCAACCGACAGAUUAAAUUUUAACACAAAGGACUCGCAAUUAGUCUCUGUUACAGUUACUUCUCAGAACGAAAGCAGCAACAUUGACGAUCAAUGUACUCCACCUAAAUCUAAAAUCAGUUCUCAACAGAUGCAUGAAAAUACUCACAAAGUAAAUUUGUGUGAAACAAAUAAAAAAGCAGAGCAUCAACCUUUAAGCCAAGAUCUUAGUAGUUUAGAAAAGUGCACAAAUGAUCCUGAAAGUCAAAAAACAUCUGGAAAAUUGAAGGAAUCCAUUUCCAUAGCAAGUGGUAGUCUUGAAGUUAGAAGUCCGACUCAGGCUGAUAAACCUGGGAUGAUAGCUACAGUUCCAAUCCCAAGUGAAGUUCUGACAGAAGGACAGACUGAGUCAAUUUGUGUAGGCCUCCCUCCCAGUGAACAUGCUAUGGAAUCAUUGACAGACUCUCUUUCUGUGAAAGAAUUAUCACCUAAAGGAAGCUUGAUAUUAAACACUAAAUCGGAUGAGUCAUCACUAAUCGUUAGUAAAAUCAGUAUGCCUGUCACACUGACAGUUCAACCUUGUGAAAAGGAUUCUGAACAGAUUAUUGUAAAUCCUGAACAACCUAAUAAUGGGAUUUCCAAAAAGGAUGCUAGUGCUAAAAAAUCUAGAUGGGACAUUGUUGGUCAAGUCACUUCAGAAUAUCAAAGCCCUACAAAAAUGAUGAAUCCAGAUGUGAAAAAUGUAAUGUUAGCACAGAAAAUAGAGUUCAGUGAUACCAGCCCUCAUGAAUGUACUCAGAAACCAGACCCAGAAAUACCAUCUGAAAAGUCAGUAGAAGUUCAUGCAAGAGACACGACCGCAGUUAAAUCUCAUCAAGAAAUAAGUUCUUUCACAUCUGAUUUUGGAACCCAAGGUACCCAUGAUGAACUUCAACAGACUGCUGAAAUUCCUCAAUCAACAAGUGCCCUGGUUGUUGGUGAUUUUCUGCAUAAUAAAGAGAAAGUCAAUGUAGAUAAAACUAAACCUCAAAAUCAAGACCCUGAUUCCUUAAACCAUGAUGGUAAAUGUCACAGUGAGGAUAGUGAGAGUGAAGAAUCAGAUUCUGAUUCCGAUGAUGGACGGGUCUCCCUAAAGAGGUUGCACUCUGUGGUGGUUGUGCCAAAAAAUUCAACCAUUGCUCUUGAAACAAAUGACAUGGCUGAACCCGCUCCUGGUUCCUCGUUGUUUUCUGGAAAGCAGCAAACUGAUACACAUGAAAGCAUUAAUAAAGAAUUUACUUAUGGAUUUAACAAUCAGUCAACACUCAAAGAGUCAUCGGCUGCACUUUAUAAGAGCAGUGCACAAGCUGCAAUUCAAAAUCCAGAUGUUAAAGGUGUCUCCUACCAAUCACAGAGCAACAUGGUUGACAGCACCAGCCAUUUAGAGGCCAUUAGUGCCCAUGUGGGCAGGAACUGGAAUGCUCAAGAAAGACCAAAUAUCUCUGACCAGAUACACCAAGAUUCUGUUCAAAGUUUUGAGAAGAUUUGCAGGAAACCUGAAUCAGAAAACCAUCAGUACCACGAGAGACCAGACAGCUGGAAUGGAAGGAAAGGUGACUUCAGUGGUGGGAAGGGCGACAGCUUAGCCUGGGACUUCAACCAGUCAGAACAGCCCAGCAGCACAUUUCAGCAACCGGACAGCAGUUAUAGUACACCUCAGCCACCGUUUGAUAGUGUUCACAGACAAGAUCCAUGGGCCCAGCCUGCCAUCUCUAAAACCAGCAGGACAGUCAACACGCAUGUGCCUUUUCAGUAUCAUGAUUCAAUUCACCAGAUCCAUCCAGACUCUCUUACUAAUGACCAUGAUGAUGACCGUGAGGGAAGGGUAUUGGGGAUCAAACAAGCAUCACUAUUCUCUGCUGGCCUUCCAGGACCAUCCCCAUUUGUUCAAGCGCCUGAGAUAAGUAGCAACUGCAGCUUCAUAACAGAAAGUCAGAACAUCUCAGAGGCACCUAGAGAUGACAGCCAAAAGCCUCAUCGAGGAAGGGGCCCACCUAAGAAGAGACGGCAAGAGUUUGAAUCUGAAUCAGAUAAUGAGGCAGAGGCCGGCCUGAGUAAAAGGGAGUGUUUUGAUGAGAGCUCAAGGAUUUUGAAAGAUGGUAAGGAGUCUUUCCAUCAAAUUCAAGAGGUUCAGCGGCCACUUCUCAGUCUGAAAGAAUUCUCGGAUCCAUUUGUGUGGAGGGAUAAAGCAAAGCAGAAGAAAAUGCCUCCCUACUUUGACCUCAUCGAAGAAAAUUUGUAUUUAACUGAACGCAAGAAGAAUAAAUCUCAUCGAGACAUCAAGCGUAUGCAGUGUGAGUGUGCUAUCCUUUCAAAAGAAGAGCGAGCCCGAGGGAUACUGGCAUGUGGGGAAGAUUGCCUCAAUCGCUUAUUGAUGAUUGAAUGCUCUUCCCGGUGUUUAAAUGGAGCAUACUGCUCCAACCGGCGCUUCCAAAUGAAACAGCAUGCAGACUAUGAGGUCAUUUUGACUGAGAGCAAAGGAUGGGGCUUACGAGCAGCUAAGGACCUACAGCCGAACACCUUCGUUUUAGAGUACUGUGGAGAGGUUUUAGAUCACCGGGAAUUUAAGGCACGCGUGAAGGAGUAUGCUCGAAACAAGAACAUUCACUAUUAUUUCAUGGCUUUGAAAAAUAAUGAGAUAAUUGAUGCUACUCUGAAAGGAAACUGCUCUCGUUUCAUGAACCACAGCUGUGAACCCAAUUGUGAAACUCAGAAAUGGACUGUUAACGGCCAGCUCAGAAUUGGCUUCUUCACUACCAAAACUGUAACGGCUGGAACGGAACUCACUUUUGAUUAUCAGUUUCAAAGAUACGGUAAAGAGGCUCAGAAGUGCUUCUGUGGAGCUCCUAGCUGUCGCGGUUUAAUUGGAGGUGAGACUCGGGUCAGUGUUCGAGCAGCAGGUGGGAAAAAACAGAGGGAACGCUCACGGAAGAAAGACACUGACAGUGCACUUACCACGUUAGAUGAGGAGUUGGAGGCUCUGCAGGAGAAUGGAGAAGGCUUAUGUGGAGAGAAAGAGGUGAUCUCACUUUGCAGACUCAUGGUGCGAGUAGAGACGAUGGAGCAGCGACUCACCUGCAUUAAACUUAUCCAGAAUACCCAGAAUCCCUUGUGCCUGAAGCAAUUUUUGGAUCACCAUGGCUUAUCGCUGCUGUGGAUAUUUAUGGUUGAACUUUCUGAGGCCAAGACCAACUCUGUAAACAACAUUAAACUACAACUGGAGAUAAUGAAAGCUCUAUCAGUGCUUCCCAUCUCAACCAAGAACAUGCUGGAGGAGAGCCGAGUGCUGCAGUUUAUCCAACGCUGGGCUCAAAGCCGGCCACUCAGCCAACCGGCAGAACAGGACGGCUACUCAAGUGAAAGCACGUCACGUGCCCAAACACCCCUCAACACCCCUGAUGGUCCACCAGCCAAGCUGGCCACCGAGCUGGAUGGAGACACUCCCAAAAGAGCAGUGUACCGUAGGUUGAAGAUCAUUAGUGAGAACAGUCUGGACAGUGCCCUGUCUGAUGCUAGUAAAGCCUCAGAUGGAAAAGAAGAGGAGGAUGAGGAAGAGGAAGAGAUGGAGGAUGAGCCUUCACAAUUAGAGCGCACAACAGAAAGGGAGAUUAAAGUAGAAAGGACCGAAGCACCUCCUGAGAAUCAAGCUGAGCUUGAGGUUGAAUUGAAACAGGAAGCCCCUGAAACAGUAGAAAUCCCACGUUCAAUGCCAGAGGUUGUUGGCAGUGAGGGAGAGACACUUGAAACUCAAGAACCUGAAGAAAAACUUCACUGUACGCCUGAAGGGCAACUGAAGGAUGAGAAGACUGUUGAAGAGACCAAGAGUGAAGAGCCAUCAGAGAUUCAGACAGAGUCAGCAGCAGUUGAAAAAGCCCCUUCAGUCACAGACACCACAUAUGCAGCAGACAUUAGUAAUGAUGUAGUUGCUGAUGCAGAAACCCCUGUCCCUGAGACACAGGUGGAGAAUGCAUCCUCCGAACAGGGCAUAUCUUCUGAUUCUGCAGCUAUUGUAAUAAAAAGCACACCCAAAGAGUCUCCAUCUGUUUCUGUGGAGACCACUCCACCUGAUUCUGAUGUGGUUUCUAAUGAAAACGCACCUUCAGAGACUGUUGUUGCACCUUCAGAAGCUGCUGUUGCCCCGUCAGAAGCCGCUGUUGUGCCUUUAGAAGCUGUGGUUGCCCCUUCAGAAGCUGUUGUUGAACCUGCGGAGGCUUUUGCUGCACCUGCGGAGCCUUUUGCUGCACCUGCGGAGGCUGUUGCUGCACCUGCGGAGGCUGUUGCUGCACCUGCGGAGGCUGUUGCUGCACCUGCGGAGGCUGUUGCUGCACCUGCGGAGGUUGUUGCAGCACCCGUCUCUGCUGAUGUGUCUGCUCUGGCUGUUGUACCGGUUCCAGCAGAGGGUGCUGCUGUCGGGACACCCUCUCAAGAUGAGGAGGAAGGGGUUUCUGAUGUUGAGAGUGAACGCAGUCAGGAGCCACAAAUUCGGGCUUCUGAUAUCAGUGACAUGGCUGCUCGGCUGCUGGACAGUUGGAAAGACUUAAAGGAGGUUUACAGAAUACCGAAGAAGAGUCAGAUUGAAAAAGAGUCAAAUGAUCGCAGUCGUGAUCGGGAAUCCUUGAUGACCCCUCGCACACCUUCGAGUAGUCGAGAGAGAGAGCGAGAAAGAGACAAGGAGCGUGAUCGAGAUCGGGACAGAGACUGGGAGCGUGAACGAGACUGGGAUCGAGAUAGGGACAGGGACAGGGAUGGAGAAAGGGCGACCCUUCGCAGUGCAGAUAGGAAAAGACGACGAGGAUCCACCUCCCCUCUGCCACCACCAGCAUAUGAGAGGAGCCGCAGGAAUGAAGACCGUUAUGAACAGUCCAGCAGCAGCAAGAAGAAACUCCACACCAAAGAAUCUCGUACUAAGCUGUCUACGGAGGAACGACGAAAGCUCUUUGAGCAGGAAGUGGCUCAACGUGAGGCACAGAAACAACAACAACAACAGCAACAGCAGCAGCAGCAGCAGCAACAACAACAACAGCAGCAACAACAACAACAGCAGCAGCAGCAGCAGCAGCAGCAGCAACAACAGCAGCAGCAGCAGCAAUUACAAACACUUGCGUUUAACCCACUGGCCUACUCCUCUAGUCCGAACUUCAUGAACUACCCACCUGGAUACCCUAUUCAGACCUAUGUAGAUCCCACCAAUCCCAAUGCUGGAAAAGUGCUCCUUCCCACACCUCCUGUAGAGCCUAUUUGCGUCACUCCAGCUGCUGUUACAUUUGAACAAACACCUGCUCUUGAUCUUGGUAUAGCUUCACCAUCGUCCACCACCACCCAGGCUGGACCUUCCUCCAGCUUGGCGCACAUCCCUGCCCCUCUGGAGCUUUCCUCUGCCACACAAACUCAGUUUGUUCAGCCUGCCGUGCCAGCACAGGAUCCGAGUGUAGCCGUCCUGUCAGUACCCGCACAAGCAGCCAGCCCUCAGGUCCCGAGUCAGCAGGGCUACACCACGCUCUGGGACCCCAACACACAGCAGGCGGUGACAGUGCAGACGCAACCAACACAGCAGUACUCGGCCACGUCACAGCCUCAAGCUGCCAUCUACUAUCAGGGCCAGCCCUGCCAGACCAUCUACAGCAUUCCUGCAGGCUACCCGCAAACCAACCCUCCUGUCAUACAGGCAUACACAGAACCAGCCGCUAACUACCUGCACAGCCAGCAAGUGUACACGCAAGGAGGAACCGUCACCACCAUUGUCACAUCUCAGCCAGUUCAGCAGGAAAUGAUCGUAUCCAACAACAUCAUUGACCUGCCGCCUCCAUCCCCUCCCAAACCUAAAACCAUUAUCCUGCCUCCCAGCUGGAAAGUGGCGCGAGACCCAGAAGGCAGAAUAUAUUACUACCACAUCAUCACCAGGCAAACACAGUGGGAUCCUCCCAGCUGGGAUGGGACGACAGAGGAAGCCAGUGUAGAACACGAGGCGGAGAUGGACCUUGGGACGCCCACAUAUGAUGAAAAUCCUUCAAAGUUCUCUACAAAGACCGCCGAGGCAGACACAUCCAGUGAGCUGGCGAAAAAAAGCAAAGAAGUCUUCCGUAAGGAGAUGUCACAGUUUAUUGUGCAAUGCCUUAAUCCAUACCGCAAGCCAGACUGCAAGCUGGGCCGCAUAAGUAACACAGAAGACUUUAAACAUCUUGCUAGAAAGCUGACUCACGGAGUGAUGAACAAGGAACUGAAGUCUUGCAAGAACCCCGAAGAUCUGGAAUGCAACGAGAACGUCAAACACAAGACCAAGGAGUACAUCAAGAAGUACAUGCAGAAGUUCGGCUCAGUGUACCGGCCCAAGGAAGACACAGAGCUGGACUAACUAGCCUGAAGCUCACUCUUUCCAACAGUUUCAGUGCGUCGGGACAGGGCCUGUUGUUUCCUUCCACAGACGUUCUAACCAUGUCCUAAAUGCUGCUCUGGGAGGGAACGUUGAAUAUGUCGUCCCGCACAGAGUUUAAUAAUGAAAUAAACUGCUGCGGAAUAAAGUCCGGAGGACUCAAAUCAAGGGUGCUAUACAAACUCUUUCCAGGAUGUAUUUCAUCGCUUUGGAGGAGAGGAUCAUCUCGACGAGAAAUUUUUAAAAACAGAACAAGAGGACCAUUCAAAUAUCUUUCCCCUUGCCAUGCCACUCCAUUACUGUAGUUGUUAUCAAGGGCUUUUGUUUGUUAGCUUGCCUGCUCUGCUAAAGGUCCAAUCCCUUACUGAUAUUAAUCAAGGCAAGAAAGGAAGACGCUAAGGAUUAUGGUCUACCCACCACACUAGCAAUUUUGGUCUCCCUGGCCAUGGGUCACCAUUGAUUUUAUGGAUUUUAAAAGUGUGUGCAGGUCUGUGAUUGAACCCCAUUUGCCCUGGUCAGCUUGUUCUUCUGGACAAGGGGUAAGGUUAUGUAGCAAUGAUGUUUUAUCGAGGUCUUUCACACUGUUUUUACAUUAACAUUGUUUUAUUAAUGUCGCAAAGGCAAAUGUGAAGCCCUCCUGGCAGUUUGUAGCUUCUUUUUGUGGCCAUCAUGUGAUUGAUUCAUCAGGUUUACUGUCCCAUGAGCUCUGGCCAUUAAUCAACUCACCCCACUUCAUUAAUCCACAUUAAAUCUGUUUCCAGACAUGUAUUAUAUUGAUUUAUAUGUGAAUAUAUUGAGAGUUAGUUUUUGAGACCAUUAGCAGAGACUUGUAAAAUGACUAUGGGGGAAGGGUCCACCAUGUCCUGUGUAAAUACAUGUAAUUAUACUGGACCCGGAAAACAGGAUUAGAAGGAUGUGACUGGAUCGGAGUCGUUUUUCGCACCGGCGUUUCUGCAUCAAGCUGAAUUCCACACUCUCCCACUGAUCCGGAUGUUGAGUUGGGUUUUAAAGGUGGGGGUGUCUUUAUCUUUUCUUUUUCCUUUGCUUUCUCCGUAGAAAGACUUUGGAUAUUUUUUUUAAUGUACAAAUGGGAGUCUCGCCCCACUCCACUGUAAGUACUGUGCAAGCACAUUGGCAUACUGUGUGUAAAAACAUUUUAAAAUAAAAUAAACUGUUUUCUAAAGAA